AGCAACUUCGCUCGCAACCAGCCUGCCCAACCCCAGUGCCCAACCCUCGCAGAUCACCCCUCUGGCAUACCAUACAUACCCUCAUAAUACACUUGCCAACUCGGAAGAAAAGAAGCACACACCCACACACGCAGCUACAAGUCUUACUACACUUGAUCUUGUCCAGAAAGUCCUCACAAACAAAACAAAAACAGAGAGACAGAGUGGAUUCAGCAGCAGCAUCAGCCAUGGCCACUGCAAUACCCCCAAACCAGAGUCUCUACAUCCAGGGGCUCGACGACCACGUCCACAAAAUAGAACUGCGGAAAUCACUCUACUACCUGUUUUCGCAAUACGGCUCAGUCAUGGAUGUUGUCGCACUCAAAACGUCGAAAAUGAGGGGGCAGGCUUUUAUUGUCUUUCAUGAGAUUGCCAGUGCUACGAGUGCCAUGAGGAGCUUGCAGGGGUUCCCUUUUUACAAUAGGCCACUGAAAAUAACAUACGCAAAAUCCAAAUCGAACGCGGUCAAGAUCAAAGAAGGGUCGUAUUACGGCGGGAAAGGCAAUGCCGCAAAGAGCGGCGCCGCACCAUCAGCGGCAGCAGCAAUGGGCCCACAGAAACGGCCGCGUGAUGACAACGGCGGUGAUGACAGCGAGGACGGUGACGAGGGUAGUUCGAAACGAGCGAGGAAUGGACAGGGUGCGGAAGACAUUCACCCCCCCGGCACGACCGCCCCCUCCUCCAACCAACCCAAUCCCCCCAACCGCAUUCUCUUCCUCACCAACCUCCCCUCCUCCACCACCCCCGACAUGCUCACCCCUCUCUUCGACCAAUAUCCCGGCUUCAAAGAGAUCCGUCUUGUCCCCGGCAAGUCAGGCAUCGCGUUCGUGGAGUAUGAUACGGUCGAGAGCGCGGGAGUGGCGAGGAGCGUGUUGGAUGGGUUUAGGGUUACGAGUGGGAAUGCUAUGGGGGUUGAGUAUGCGCGGGUUUGAGCGGCGGGGACAUGGAGUGAGGUGGAUGGGACGGAAGGGGAGGGUACGAUUGCUUCAGCCCUGUAUAUGUAGAUACGGAAUGCACAUAGUGUACAUAGUACGUCAAUACCACACUCCUACCCGGCGACGUGCAGAUGCGGAUAUGCGAAUUGGUCAC